AUGAAAUUUAACUUUUCCAUCCUGAGGAUCUUGUUGCUGCUAGCAUGUUUCAUAAGUUCAUCGAAGACCUCAAGUGCCUCCGGGCCCAGUUGCCCGGUCGAAUGUUUCUGCCAGACGGUCGUCGGCUCCGAGGGAGCGAGCGAGCUGCUCGUCACAUGUACGCGGGGUGACCAGAACACAAUUCCUGUCGAUCAGCUAGACAGGACUGCCAACAUCAUCGUCAUCGCUCCCCCGCCUACCCGUCCUAAUUAUCUCACUAUUGGACCCAUCUUCACCCAGCCCGCCCCUUUCGCUAACCUUCGAGAACUGCACAUUGUCAAUUCCAACGUACCUUCCAUAGGUCAGUACUCUUUUUGGGGCCUUCAAAACUUAAGAGUACUGAACCUAACGCGCAAUAACCUUACAAGCAUCGGCGCUGAUAAUUUCCGGGGACUCAUAAAUUUAACGGAUUUAUUCCUCGAUCAUAACAAUAUCGAACAGAUGCCGAGUGAAACAUUCCGACACCUCACAGCUCUCAGGACUUUGACCUUGUCGCAAAAUCAAAUAUCAGCAUUAGUACCUCGGCUCUUUCGUAUGCUGGCGAAAUUACUUUAUUUAGAUCUCAGUGACAAUCCUCUAGUCGAUUUAAACCCUGAAGUUUUCAAAGACAUUCAACAUCUAAGAUUUUUUAUUUGUCGGCGAUGUUUAUUGCGUAGAGUGAAUACCCAAAUAUACCACCUCGUCCCACAUCUCGAGGAGUUGGACUUGGGAGAGAACCAAUUCAAAUAUUUGACUUCAGAUGAAUUUAUCAGUCUGAAAAAGUUGAAGAAGUUGAAGUUGGAUGGAAAUCAAUUGUCAGUGAUCGUCGACAACAUGUUUGGUAGGAAUAGAGAGUUACGAGUUCUAACCCUGGCACGAAACCGUCUCGCCCUCUUGGCGCCAGCGGCCCUAAACAACCUCACCAACCUGAUGCAUCUGGACAUAAGCCACAAUAAAAUAGACAGGUUCCACCUGCAAACAUUCGCCCCAGCUGUCGAUUCCCUGAAAACAAUAAAUAUUAGCGGCAACAAUUUACCCCUCAAUGAAAUAGCUCUUGUUCUCCAAAUACUUCCCGAAAUUCAAAGUGUUGGCCUCGCUAAUUUGUCCCUGCAAGAAGUCCCACCUAAUUUUUUCAUCUAUAAUGAACACUUGGUAUCACUCGACGUAUCCUGGAAUAAAUUAACAAAGUUUCCUUAUAAACUCCUGACGAAGACAAAAUUCUUGCAAACAUUAGAUAUGUCUCGCAACAGAUUACAUACAUUAAACGAAGAGGAUCUUCAAAGACUCGAGGCGAUAGCACACAUUGACUUAUCAAAAAACCAUUGGCGUUGUGAUCACUGCUCGGUGGGGACGAUGUUGGCUUACAUGACCACUACGGUGUUGAAUUCCAGCAUACGACAUCUCACGUGCCAUUCUCCUCUGAGACUUCACGGUGUUACUUUUGGCGAAUUGGAUUUUGAUAAGCUGGAGCCUUGUAUGGGAACCCAUGAAGCCCAAAUGAGCGUAAUAGCGGGGUUGAUGUUGCUUUGCGUGGCUGUGUUUGCAGCAAUAGCAGCUGCUCUGUGCUGCACGCGCCGACGUACAGCUCAUUACUACACGAACGAGGAAAAGCGUAGAGAGCAUGCUCACGAACACCCAGAAGAACUGCUCGGCCAAACCGACUUGGGCAGUGUCGCGACUAUCCAUGCUCCCUACCAUCUCGUGACGAAGGGAAGUUAA